CUAUAAGAGGCGGUGCCGCCCGCCGUGGCUGCCUCAGCCCACCAGCUGGGACCGCGAGCCAUGCUGCCCGCCGCCCGCCCCCAGGGCUGUUAGAGCCAGACUGCGAAUUCUCGCCACCGCCGCCACCGCCGCGACCCGUCCCACCGUCGCGGGCAGCAGCCAAAGCCGCCCCAACUUCAGCACAGAGCAGGCGAGGCCGGGCAGGCCAUGGGGCACUGGGCGCUGCUGCCCGGCUGGGUUUCUGCUACGCUGUGGCUGGCGCUGGCCGCUCUGCCCGCAGCCCUGGCCGCCAACAGCAGUGGCCGAUGGUGGGGCAUCGUGAACGUAGCCUCCUCCACGAACCUGCUGACCGACUCCAAGAGUCUACAACUGGUGCUCGAGCCCAGUCUUCAGCUGCUGAGCCGCAAACAGAGGAGGCUGAUCCGCCAGAACCCGGGGAUCCUGCACAGCGUGAGCGGGGGGCUGCAGAGCGCUGUGCGAGAGUGCAAGUGGCAGUUCCGCAACCGCCGCUGGAACUGCCCCACGGCUACGGGGCCCCACCUCUUCGGCAAGAUCGUCAACCGAGGCUGUCGGGAAACGGCGUUUAUUUUCGCUAUCACCUCCGCCGGGGUUACCCAUUCGGUGGCGCGCUCCUGCUCAGAGGGCUCCAUCGAGUCUUGCACGUGCGACUAUCGGCGGCGCGGCCCUGGGGGCCCCGAUUGGCACUGGGGGGGCUGCAGCGACAACAUCGACUUCGGCCGCCUCUUCGGCAGGGAGUUUGUGGACUCCGGGGAGAAGGGGCGGGACCUGCGCUUCCUCAUGAACCUUCACAACAACGAGGCUGGCCGCACGACUGUGUUCUCUGAGAUGCGCCAGGAGUGCAAGUGCCACGGGAUGUCGGGCUCGUGCACGGUGCGCACGUGCUGGAUGCGGCUGCCCACGCUGCGCGCCGUGGGCGACGUGCUGCGCGACCGAUUCGAUGGCGCCUCGCGCGUCCUCUAUGGCAACCGCGGCAGCAACCGCGCCUCGAGGGCGGAACUGCUGCGCCUGGAGCCCGAGGACCCGGCGCACAAGCCGCCCUCCCCCCACGACCUCGUCUACUUCGAGAAAUCGCCCAAUUUCUGCACGUACAGCGGACGCCUGGGAACGGCGGGCACGGCCGGGCGCGCCUGCAACAGCUCCUCGCCCGCGCUGGACGGCUGCGAGCUGCUCUGCUGUGGCCGGGGCCACCGUACGCGCACACAGCGCGUCACCGAGCGCUGCAACUGCACCUUCCACUGGUGCUGCCACGUCAGCUGCCGCAACUGCACGCACACGCGCGUACUGCACGAGUGUCUGUGAGACGCUUCGCGGACUCGCCCCAGGAGCGUUCCCCUCUAGCCCACCCGGAUACGUGCCCACCCAGUCCCUCCAGCCACAACCCCCGCGAUUCAUACGUGCGCGAUCAUUUCUCCCACCUCCUCCUACCGGGGGACUCCUGAAACCACUUGCCUGGGCCGGCAUGAACCCUCUUGCCAUCCUGAUGGACCUGCCCCGGACCUACCUCCCUCCCUCUCCCGGGAGACCCCUUGUUGCACUGCCCCCUGCUUGGCCAGGAGGUGAGAGAAGGAUUGUUCCCUUCCCCGUGGGGGUCAGCUUCUGACCGUGUGGCUCUGCUUCCUCCACCGCGCCAGUGACCCCCCGCCCCGCCUCUCUCCCUCCCCUUUAUCCUCCGUUUUUUCUCCAGAUCUUCUCACGCCCUUCCCAUUCUCCUGCCAAGGGUGCAGACGCUGAACACACACCUGGACAGCAGGGCCUUUCUCCUCCCCACCUACAACGGAACCGGGAGGUUCUAGGGUGAAAGGGCAGCUGUGGUGAUGUGGAAAAGGAGGUUGGGGGACCCAGCAGAAAUACCCCCAUUCUCCCAGCCUCUGUCAUGGAGCCAUUGAACAGCUGUGAGCCAUGCCUCCCUCACCCACCUCCUACCCCUUCCUGUCCUGCCUCCUCAUCAGUGUGUAAAUAAUUUGCACUGAAUCGUGGAUACAAAGCCACGAGUUUGGUUGUUGUAAAUAAAACUAUUUAUUGUGCUGGGUUCCGGCCUGGCUUGCAGAGACCACUUCCACCCCACCCCAGUCCCUCUCCCUUCUCCUCUCCUUCUGCUCUCCAGCCUCUUCUGAUCCCUCUCUUCCUCUCCCCAAUUUCUCCAAGAUGCCGUUGCCUACCGGAAUCAGCAUUUCCUUCCAUUGUAGCUAUUAGUGGCUCCCCACCCCCACCGAUGUAGUAUCUUCCUCCGCAGAAUAAAAUUUCUAUUUUUAUCAGUGA